AUGUUGGGAAUAGCAUUACUCUUGCACUGUGCCUACUCGGCCUAUGAGUACAAUAAGCUCCCCAUUUCAUACAACAGGUCGGACUUGCUUCUUGAGUUGGUGAUAAGUCUCUGCUUGAUCUUCUAUUCUUCCGUCACCAACAUUCAAAUGCCUCUGAGGCUCAACCUCGAUAACGAGAUUGUUCAUUCACCAUCUCCUUACUUGAACUUUAUACAUAUCAACAAAAGCUUGAAAGAGUCGAAUGAGUUUGGUAUUGACGACUACUCCAAGUUCAGCAACCGGUUGGACUUUAUUGAUAUUGUCAAGAUGAGACGAGAAUACAAUGUAUAUGCUUCAUCAAUUGAGAAAAGUACAUGA